CUAGGCAGCCGCAUGCAGCUUGCGUGCAUCGGAAGUCUUAUUCCUAGAAGCUGUGCCGGCCGGCGCGCGGCGCGGCGAGUCCAGAGCUAGAGAGCGAGCCAUGUCAAAACAGCAGAACCAAACAACAUAAACGAGGAGGAGGAAAUGGCCAACAAGCAGACGCUGCCCGAGGGACUACCACAAUGUGUCGCCGACGCAUUGUUCGUUCCCAGUGAAGACAUGCCGACAGAUUCCGUUCCCGUCCGUGGGUAUGACUUCAACCAGGGCAUCGAUUAUCACAAGCUGCUGAAGAGCUACCGGACGAGUGGAUUCCAGGCUACCAACUUUGGGUUGGCCGUUGAAGAGAUAAACAAGAUGCUGGACAAGAAGGCAGUACCAUUGAGUGAGGAGGAGGUGUCGCUAGGAACAGAGCUGAAUCCCGUCCAUCGCACCAAGACCAACUGUACCAUCUUCCUGGGUUACACCUCCAAUCUGAUAUCGUCUGGCCUCAGGGAGAACCUGCGCUUCUUGGCUCAGCAUAACUUGGUGGACGUCAUAGUGACCACUGCAGGUGGUAUAGAGGAAGAUCUGAUCAAGUGCCUGGCCCCGACGUUUCUCGGUGAUUUCCGCCUGCCGGGACAACAGCUCAGGUCAAAGGGCAUCAACCGCAUCGGUAACCUGCUGAUGCCCAACGACAACUACACCAAGUUUGAAGAUUGGAUCAUGAAGAUCUUUGAUGAUAUGUUGGAGGAACAGAACACACAGGGCAUGCGUUGGACACCCUCACGUAUGAUUGCCAGGCUAGGCAAGGAGAUAAACCACCCAGACUCUGUGUAUUAUUGGGCGUACAAGAACAACAUUCCAGUUUUCUGUCCAGCGAUUACCGACGGCUCCAUCGGCGAUAUGCUGUUCUUCCAUUCCUACAAGAAGCCCGGUCUGAUUCUAGACAUCGUUGAAGAUAUUCGACUGAUGAACAGCCAGGCCGUCUUUGCAGCAAAUACCGGCAUGAUCAUACUAGGAGGCGGACUAGUCAAGCACCAUAUCUGCAAUGCCAACUUGAUGCGGAAUGGAGCCGAUUUUUCAGUCUUUGUGAACGUUGCGAGCGAAUUUGAUGGUUCUGACUCGGGUGCUCGUCCGGACGAGGCAAUAUCCUGGGGAAAAAUCAAGGCCUCAGCAACCCCAGUCAAGAUCUACGGAGAGGCCACACUGGUAGUGCCACUGCUGAUAGCAGAGACCUUCGCUCAGAGGGUUCAACUGCCCCACAAGACUGAGGAAAUUAUCAAAUAAGAGUGCCAGAUUCUUCCAUCAAACAUGAUCGUAUCUUUCUAGCAUCUCUGAAUAUUACAAUAGGUGGUUGGGAGACGAGGUAGUAUUUAGUGUUUUACUGAAAUAUUGACUAUCGAAGGUCUGCGCUCCGCAGUCCAGAACAUUUCCAGACACAACUGAGGGGGAAUAA